GGGCGGCGGGGCCCGGCGGGGAAGGCGGAGGGUCGGGCCGGCACCGCCGCGCUGAGCUGGGCUGAGCUGCGCCGAGCCGGCGGCGCAGGAGGGGGCGAGGCGCGGAGAGCCGCGGCUGAAUGCGCUGAGGGCGGCGGGGCCGACCGGGCCCCCGGAGCAGCGGGUAGCAUGGGGCGCCGGGGUUGCUGAGCGGCGGGCCGAGCACCCCCACCCCACCCGCCCCCGCCGAGGAGCAGCGCGGAGCGGCGGGCGCCGCCAGGGACCGCGCCGGGAGCCGGGGCGCGCCGCUUCGCGUCGCCGCGCCGGUGCCGGGGACCGCCGGCGCCCCCCCACCCCCCCCACCGCCCCCGCCGAGGAUGCCCCGGGGGGCCGCCGGCCGCCCCAGCUGCUCGCCAUGAGGAGGAGCCCGGCCGGGCCGCGGGCGCUGCCGGCGCCGCCCGCCGCAGCCGCCGCCUGAGCCCCGCGCCCCGGCGGUGCCCGCGCAGGGGCCGCCCGAGCGGGCCGCGGCGCCGUGACCCUCCUCCCCGCCCCCUCGCCCGGCUCGCCCGGCUAUAAAGGAGGGUUUUAUUCUCGGGCUCCGGUCUCACGCCAAACCCUGUCACACCGUCUAGACAAGCUGUCGUGGGGCUCGGCCCAGCUGUCACCAUGGCGAUGGAGACGAGUCCGCUGUGAAUUUUGGGGGGGGAGCGAGCGAGAGCGGCGGCGGCGGCGGAGGAGGAGGAGGAGGAGGAGGAGGAGGAGGAAGGCUCGGCCGCCGCCGUGCCCUGCCCUGCCCCGCCGCCGCCCGCGGGGGAGGCACGGACCCCCCGGCGCUCUCGGCCGCGGCUGGAGCCGGCCCGGCGGGGAGCCCCGGGGAGCCAACGGCCGCGGGCGCGGAGCGAGCCUCAGAUGCGUCUGUCACACAACCCCGGCCGAGCUAUUUAAAGUAACGGGCCUCGCCGGACUUUUGUCUCUGCCUAUUUAUGAGUCCCCGGGAGCUGGCAGGCGCCGCCGGGCAGCGCUAGGAGCCGAGCCCGCAGCGCCAGCCCCGCGGGGAAGCCAGCGCCGAGCCGGGGCCGGCGGGGGCCCGCCCGGAGCAUGACGGCGAUCCGGGCGCUCCUGCUCUGCUCCUGCCUGGGGCUGCUGCGGCCGGGGGGCGGGCAGCCCUUCCUGCGGCUGCGACCCUCGCCCAGCGACAACCUGCCCGUCAAAGACAUCGUGGAGCACCCGGAUCCCGAGUAUGACCCCAAGGAGCAGGACUUGGACGAGAGGACUCUGAGGAAGAAGCUGGGCAGCCAUUUCGACCCCGGUUUCAUGGCCGUGGCCGUGCCUGGGCCGGCCAACGCCUCGGGCGCCGAGGCGGCGGCAGCGGCGGGGCGGGGGCGGGCGGCGCUGCCCGCCGAGCUGCGGCGGCUGGAGCUGGGUCCGCCCCAGGGACCGCGCCUCAAGGUGGGCAAGAAGGCGCGGCGGAAGGUGCUGCAGUGGCUCUGGGCGUACACCUACUGCCCCGUCCUCUACACCUGGAAGGACCUGGGCGUCCGCUUCUGGCCCCGCUACAUCAAGGAGGGCAACUGCUUCGCCGAGAAGUCCUGUUCGCUGCCCGAGGGCAUGUUCUGCAAACCCGUCAAGUCGGUCACCAAGACCUUCCUGCGCUGGCAUUGCCAGGGCUGGUCCAGCCAGAAGUACUGCACCUGGAUCCCCGUGCAGUACCCGCUCAUCUCCGAGUGCAAGUGCUCCUGCUAGCCUCCCUCGGCCCCUUGCACUGCCGCCUUUUGUGUUUGGAUCAUUACUUUUUUUUUUUUUUUUUUUUUUUUUUUUGGGGGGGGUGUUGGGUGUUUUUUUUUUUUUCCCCCACCAUCCCCCCCCCAGACGCGGGGUGGGGGGGGGGAGGAACCGGGGUUUGGGAGUUUUGGGUGGGGUGUUGUUGGUUUUUGUUUUGUUUUUUUUUUUUACUUAUUUUAAUGUUAUUUUAUUUGAAAGGGGAAAAGCGAACCCAGGAACUGCAGGGCAGGCCAAAGGCACAGUAAAGCACUACAAUCAGAUGUCUAUUUUUAUACGUAUAUAGCCUUCUAACAAAAGGAAAAUAAAAAGCUAAAAAAAAAAAAAAAGGAAAAAAAAAAAGAGAAAAAAUUACCAACUGUGUAAAUAGAGAGAUUUUAAAGGAAAGGGGGAAAUUGCAGCUGUUUUUUAUUAUUAUUAUAAUUAUUAUUGUUAUUAUUAUUAUUUUAAAGACAUAGGACCACAUUUUAAACCCAUCCCCACAGAACCUGAGCAUUUCCCUGCUGAAGGGAAGGGCAGAAAUUUCCUGUAAAGAUGAUUUUUAUCAAAAGGAAAAGGGGGGGGGGGGGUGUUUUAAAAAAAAAAAAAAAAAGGAAGAACGGCAGCAUCCCCGAAGACAGUUGUUUCUCUGUGCUGUAUUUUUUUUUUUUUGUCUCCUUCAGACCUUGUCACUGAUGUUUGAAAUAAUUUGCCAGGCUCUCUAGGUUUUGGUUUUUUUAAGUGUAUAACGAUUAAUUAAGGAGGAAAUUUUAAACAAAAGUACAAAUCUAUGAAAGAGUGGAAUCAUUUUGUUGUGUGGGAAUACA